AGUUUUAAGUUUAAAUCACACAGCGAGGGUCCGAAUUCUUCACAGUUCACACUAUUUUAAUCUCCUUCUAUAUUAAUUGAUAUUCCAUAUAAAUAAUGAGUCAAAGUGUACUCUAUACAAUUAUACUAAUAUUUUACAUUAUCUUUUGCGUUAACAACGGAUUAACUCAAUAUAACGAUGGUGUCCUAAACGAUAGAAUUCAAAAUGUUUUUGGAAAUUCCAGAGGAAAUACAAAAAACGUCAAUAGGGGAGGGUUUGGUGAAAUUGUUUUACCAGAACCAGAGAAUAUUUCUCCUACACAAGCACCACAAGUCAUAAAUACAAACGGACAGAUUUGUAAAUGUGUUCCUUAUUGGAUGUGUGAACCUUCAAAUAAUCCUACAACAAGUACAACUGACAGUAGAUUUUUUGGAGAAAUCGAUGUUCGUUUUAACCCUCAGACCUGCCAAGACGUUCUUGACGUUUGUUGCACACCUAACAGAGAGACAAAUGAAGUUAUUGUACCGCCUAAACCUCCACUUUCAGUUCAACAGCCUACAGGAUGCGGAAUAAGAAACGUUAAUGGUAUCGAUUUUUCUCUUGCUGGAAAUUUACAUAAUGAAGCUGGUUUUGGAGAAUUUCCAUGGACCGUUGCUCUUUUAAGCCAACAUACAGAAUGUUUAUGUGGAGGUUCUUUAAUUCAUCCUUCAGUAGUUCUCACAGGAGCGCAUUGUGUUUUCAACAUCACUUCAAGAGAUUUGAAAAUUAGAGCUGGUGAAUGGGACACCCAAACGACCAAAGAACGUUUACCUUAUCAAGAAAGAGACAUUCAAAGUAUCAUAAUACAUCCUGAAUUUAACUCAAAGUCACUUGCAAAUGAUGUUGCAAUUUUGAUUCUAGAUCAACCAGUAACACUUGAUCAGCACAUAAAUGUAAUUUGUUUACCAUCUCAGGGAUAUUUUUCAAACAGCCAAUCAUGUUUUGCUAGUGGUUGGGGAAAGGAUGUUUUCGGAAAAGAAGGAAAAUAUUCUGUUAUAAUGAAAAAGGUUCAAUUACCUAUGGUUCCUUUUCAUAGCUGUCAGUCAAGUUUAAGAAAAACUAGACUAGGAUCUCGAUUUAAUCUUCAUCAUUCGUUCGUAUGCGCAGGUGGUGAGCCAGAUAUCGACACUUGUCAAGGAGAUGGUGGCAGUCCCUUAGUUUGUCCAGUAGGAAUUGCAUCUGAUAAUCGUUACGUUCAAAUAGGAGCUGUUGCUUGGGGAAUUGGUUGUCGCGAUGCUCUUCCAGCCGUUUAUACUAACAUUGCACUCUUUCGAGAUUGGAUUGAUCAACACGUUCAACAAUAUGGUUUUGAUUCAAGCAUUUACUCUUAUUAAAAUUAUCUCAACAUUUCUGUAAUAAUGUUAUUUCAUUUAAAUAACCAUUUCAAAUGCUACUAAAUUAAUUUUAAAACAUUAAACUGGAAAAGCUUAUAAAACUAAUUUUUAUUUUCUUAUUUUCGAUCAUUUCAU